AUGUCCGAACAAGACGUUAACCCAAAUAAAUACAGCGAACUGCGAAGUAUCUUUAAAUACGAUAUUGACAUAUACAAUGCAUUAUAUCAGCUGAAAACAGAAAAUGAAGAAGAUUUAAAAGACAUUUACAAACUGAUCAAAACAGAAUUGAUUGAUUCAAAGAAAUACCCACCCAAAAAGAUUAUGGAAGACAUAUUAUAUAUCAUUCCGUAUAAUAAUCGCUAUAAAAAGUCAUAUUUAUCUCUUGUCAAACUCAUAUCUGAUGAAUAUCAUGUGGAAGAGGUCAACAAUACUCAACCUAUUUCAAUCUUCCUGUUUUACAAAGAAUAUGGAAUUAAAUUAGACAAAUCUGCCGAUUUUGAACAAAUUAACUCAGAAAAUCUUGAUUUUCAAACAGGAGAUACAAUUUACAGAGCAAUUAUGUAUAAUGACCUUGAAAGAUUCAUAUACUUCACGGAAAGAGAUGGAUUUGAUGAAUAUCAAACACUUGAAAGCGGAUUAUAUCCAUAUUCUAAAGAAGAAUAUUCAUUGCUUGAAUUAUGUUGUUACCACGGAGCAGUUGAUUGUUUCAAGUUAUUAAGGUCUAAAUUUAAUUCAGAAAUAACUCAAACAUGUCUGGAAUUUUCAUUCUUAGGCGGAAAUCAGGAGAUCUUGAGUGAAUGUUUGAAAUAUCAUACACCAGAUGAAGGAUGCAUGAUAUAUGCAAUUAUUUCACAUAACAUUGAUUUUGUUACAUUCUUGAUGAAUGAGUACAAUAUAGAGAUUGAUUUAUAUGAUUGUGCAGAAUAUAUUAAUCUUGAAUCAUUUUUAGUUUAUUUCGAUAAAACUAAUGAUAUUAACAAAUGCUUUAUUAUAUCUCCAAUGUUAAAUAUUCCAUCUCUUUGCGAAUAUUUCUUAUCACAUGGUGCGAAUAUCAAUGAAAAAAAUGAAAAUGGACAAACCGCUCUUCAUUAUUCGGCAUAUCAAAAUAGUAAAGAAACAUCCGAACUUCUUAUUUCACAUGGUGCAAAUAUCAAUGAAAAAAUGAAUAACGGUGAAACCGCUCUUCAUAUUGCAGCAGCUCAAAAUAGUAAAGAAACAGCCGAACUUCUUAUUUCACAUGGUGCAAAUAUCAAUGAAAAAGAUAAAAAUGGAAACACAGCUCUUUUUGUUGCAGCAUAUAUUAAUUGUAAAGCGAUAGCCGAACUUCUUAUUUCACAUGGUGCAAAUAUCAAUGAAAAAAAUAUACUCGGAAAAAUCGCUCUUCAUUCUACAGCAUGGAGUAAUAGUAAAGAGAUAGCCGAACUUCUUAUUUCACUUGGUGCAAAUAUCAAUGAAAAAGAUAAAAAUGGAAACACAGCUCUUUUUGUUGCAGCAUAUAUUAAUUGUAAAGCGAUAGCCGAACUUCUUAUUUCACAUGGUGCAAAUAUCAAUGAAAAAAAUAUACUCGGAAAAAUCGCUCUUCAUUCUACAGCAUGGAGUAAUAGUAAAGAGAUAGCCGAACUUCUUAUUUCACUUGGUGCAAAUAUCAAUGAAAAAGAUAAAAAUGGAAACACAGCUCUUUUUGUUGCAGCAUAUAUUAAUUGUAAAGCGAUAGCCGAACUUCUUAUUUCACAUGGUGCAAAUAUCAAUGAAAAAAAUAUACUCGGAAAAAUCGCUCUUCAUUCUACAGCAUGGAGUAAUAGUAAAGAGAUAGCCGAACUUCUUAUUUCACUUGGUGCAAAUAUCAAUGAAAAAGAUAAUGAUGGAAAUACUGCUCUUUACAUUGCAGCAGAAAAUAAUAGUAAAGAUACAGCCGAACUUCUUAUUUCACAUGGUGCAAAUAUCAAUGAAAAAAUAAUUACGAAUUGA